GUAACUCAACCGUGCAUUACAGUAUCUCCAGGCGGCGGCCACGGACCCACUUAAAGACUCACGUUUGCCAGAUCAUUGUUUUCUUUUCUGGCCAACUGACCAAAUACCUGUGCCAAUUUGACUCACGCACUGCGCCGUAGCUGGCAGAUUUACUCACCCUCACCUCGAUCUCACCUCACUGUGUUCCAGACGUGAGCCGUGACAACCUGGUCUCAGACAAAAUUUUCUCUGGCUCCAGUUCGGGUUUUACAUUCACCGACCAAAUACUUUGAAAUUUUGCUCAACGGGUCUGCAUCUAGCUUAACCCGGCGUGACUAAAUCGACCAAAUCUUCAUUCUCUUGACCAAGUUCUAAAGACAAAAAUGCGUGAGUGCAUCUCUAUCCACGUGGGUCAGGCCGGCGUGCAGAUCGGCAAUGCAUGCUGGGAGCUGUACUGCCUGGAGCACGGCAUCCAACCCAACGGCCACAUGGAGGACCUCAAGUACGCCACCAACAACGGUGACGAGAGCUACAACACCUUCUUCAGCGAGACCUCCAUGGGCAAGCACGUGCCGCGUGCCAUUUACGUCGACCUCGAGCCCAGCGUCGUAGACGAGGUUCGAACCGGGGCCUACCGCCAGCUGUUCCACCCCGAGCAGUUGGUCAACGGUAAGGAGGACGCUGCUAACAACUACGCCAGGGGCCACUACACUGUGGGCAAGGAGAUCGUAGACCUGGUGCUAGACAGGAUCAGAAAGAUGGCCGACCCCUGUACGGGACUCCAGGGGUUCCUGGUGUUCCACAGUUUCGGUGGGGGCACAGGCUCGGGGUUCUCCUCCCUCCUGAUGGAGAGAUUAAGUGUGGAUUACGGCAAGAAAUCUAAGCUGGAGUUCGCAGUUUACCCAGCACCACAGGUAUCCACAGCAGUCGUAGAGCCGUACAAUUCUAUCCUGACCACACACACCACACUGGAACAUUCGGACUGUGCUUUCAUGGUGGACAACGAGGCCAUCUACGACAUCUGCAGACGUAACCUUGACAUUGAACGGCCAUCUUACGUCAACCUGAACCGUCUGAUUGGACAGAUCGUGUCCUCCAUCACCGCCUCCCUACGGUUUGAUGGCGCCCUCAACGUUGACCUCACAGAGUUCCAGACUAACCUGGUACCAUAUCCCAGGAUCCACUUCCCAUUGGUCACAUAUGCUCCCAUUAUCUCAGCCGAGAAAGCCUACCACGAGCAGAUGUCUGUGGCGGAGAUUACUAACGCCUGCUUCGAGCCGUACAACCAGAUGGUCAAGUGUGACCCCCGGAUGGGCAAGUACAUGGCCUGCUGCAUGCUCUACAGGGGCGACGUCGUGCCCAAGGACGUCAACGUCGCCAUAGCAACCAUCAAGACCAAGAGGUCCAUCCAGUUCGUGGACUGGUGUCCGACAGGCUUCAAGGUUGGCAUCAACUACCAGCCGCCUACAAUAGUUCCAGGCGGUGACCUUGCUCAAGUCCAGCGUGCCGUCUGCAUGUUGAGCAACACGACGGCCAUUGCCGAGGCCUGGGCCAGACUAGACCACAAGUUUGACCUGAUGUACGCCAAGAGAGCCUUCGUCCACUGGUACGUCGGUGAAGGUAUGGAGGAGGGUGAGUUCGCCGAGGCACGCGAGGACCUGGCAGCUCUAGAGAGGGACUACGAGGAGGUGGGGCUGGAGACGGUGCCCGAGGGUGCCAAUGGAGAGGAGGGGGACGAGUACUGAGUGCCUGCCCCACCCACGGCCAGACGGGGAGGGGGGAGAUCUGCCUUACAGCCGGGACUUGAACUAACUUGUGAACGGGUUCGACGCGCGUCGUGUAGGAACAAGGGCUUUCAUCACAAACAACUUGUUCAGAUUGUCGAUCAAACGUUGACCAAAUGACACUGACCAUAUCUUAAGAACCAAAUGACAUCAUCGUGACAUCUCUAAAAUGACAAGAAUCGCAUGAAAGACUUGGAAGACUGAAUGUUCGCUGUUUGUCGUCAAUUCACUAACACGAAAUUACCGCUUUAACUGUUGAUUAAGCCAUAAUUAAUUAGACGUUACCAUUGUGAUUAUGUUUAAACUACUUGCGCUAAAACACCAGACACUUUGAAAAUUUCCGAUACUGUCAAUGUUUUCUUUGAGACGAAACAUAAGAAGUGCCUUCGUGUAACAUACGCUGACCCCACCCUCAUUAUCUUGUGAAUCGCCUCCAUCGCUCACCCCCCUGACACAAUCCACAGUCUGGAUUCUAUAGCCGAGACAUGACGUUACUUUCCUCUAACACGCGCUUAUGAGUGUAAAUAACCGUCUAUUUUUGCAUAACUGUGAAAAAAAAGAUUUUUGUUAUGUUUCUAAUUUAAUUUUAUUUAUACUAUUCAUAUGAAUUGAAUGCGAAACUUUUAGCGAAAAUUCAUUUUUUUUCAAUAAAUGGGAUCGUAUUUAUGCCUAUCUGAUUUUUUUUUCUUCUAGUUUUAAAUUUUCUGAGAAUCUGUACAAAAUUAUCUUUGACAAAAUCUCUGACAGUAUCUGCUACAGCAAUGAACCAGAAACGCCUUAUAAAACAAUUUUAUAAAUUAUAGUCUACUUAUUUGGCUUGUGUGUGUUUGUUAUAUUAAACUAUUUUUGUUUCGCUGUUAAAUUGAGCUGAUUGUUUUCUGUGUUCUUUUGGUCAAAUUUGUGUUUGUCUGGUCUGAUUUCUUUAGUAUGAUGUAUGUGUUGUUUGUGACAUGUGGUGAAGCUGUUUGUUCAAAUGUUUCUUGUUGAUGAAAUAUGCUGUGUCUGCUUCUUUUGAGUUUAAAAUCUGUUCUGUGUAUAUUGUGUAUUAGCCCAUAUGUUCUGUGUAUUUUGUGUAUUAGCCCAUAUGUUCUGUGUAUGUUGUGUAUUAGCCCAUAUGUUCUGUGUAUUUUGUGUAUUAGCCCAUAUGUUCUGUGUAUGUUGUGUAUUAGCCCAUAUGUUCUGUGUAUUUUGUGUAUUAGCCCACAUGCCCUGUGUAUGUUGUGUAUUAGCCCAUAUGUGAUGUGUAUGUUGUGUAUUAGCCCAUAUGUGAUGUGUAUGUUGUGUAUUAGCCCAUAUGUUCUGUGUAUGUUUUGUAUUAGCCCAUCUGUGUAUAUUGUAUGUUGUGUAUUAGCCGACAUGUUAUGUGUAUGUUGUGUAUUAGCCCAUAUGUGAUGUGUAUGUUGUGUAUUAGCCCAUCUGUCCUAUGUAUGUUGUGUAUUAGCCCACAUGCCCUGUGCAUGUUGUGUAUUAGCCCAUCUGUCCUAUGUAUGUUGUGUAUUAGCCCACAUGCCCUGUGUAUGUUGUGUAUUAGCCCAUCUGUCCUGUGUAUGUUGUGUAUUAGCCCAUCUAGACGUGUGAUAGACAAACAUUGAUCAAACUGUAGAUGCAUCAUUAAAUUUUUAAAGCAACAUGA